AUGAGUCUACAUCAUCACAAUGAAGAGAGUUUGGCCAUCGACGAUGCCGAGAACCCGCUCCAGCUGCUGGCACGCGCCUCGAACCUGCAGCUUUCGCCGAAGCCCAUCAGCGGCCUCUCGCCGAAGCAGCCCGGUCCUCGCGCCAGCCGCAAGAAGCAGCACGUCGAGCAGCCCGACGAGGACUCUGAGAUGCAGUCCUUUUUCACCGCUGUCCGCGUCAAUUUCGACGUCGGCGAUGACAUUGAUCCCAUCGCCAUGGGCCUCGUGACUGAGGAAGAAGCAGAAUCUCUUUUCGCUUUCUUCCAUGGCAAGCUCGCUCACACCCGCUGGGGUCUUGAUCCGAAGAUCUAUACUCCGUCGUUCACCCGUUCGCGGUCUGCCUUCUUGUGCACCUCCAUUAUGGCCGCGUCCGCCCUCUUUCUCCCAUCCGCCGGCGCUUUGUCCAAGAGAUUGUCCAACCACUGCAAGACUCUUGCCCACAGGGUUAUCGCCAAGCGGCACAAGUCCGUAGAGAUUGUUCUUGCGUUCAUGGUCAACGUCCCGUGGAUGUUCCCUGGCCGGCACAGCACUGAUGACGAGACUUGCUGGUACGUGAAUAUGGCGGCUACUAUCGCCAUUGACUUGUCUCUGCAUAAGCUCCUGAUACCCAUGGAAGUCCUUGGCUCUGGCUCUCACAUUGCUCUAGCACGCGGAGACUGUCUUGACCCUCGUACAGCGCUUGCCAUGGAUGGCUUCAGCCACAUCGAGCAUACCUCUGACCUCGGCCAGCGUCUCCUGCGACGCCGUGAGCGCUGCUGGAUUGCUCUCUUCGUUCUCGAGCGAGGCAUGUCGCUGGCCCGCGGUCGGCCUUAUACUGUGCCUGUGACCCGUGUCAUCAAAGACUGCGAUCAAUGGCACAGAUCCAACAUCGCAGACCCCAUGGAUGGCCACCUUGUUUCGAUGGCUGUUCUUCGCCGAGACUUGGACAGCCUCCUCAACACGGUCCGCGCACUAUGCGACGGCUCGCAAGGAAUAUCUACAGAUGGCGGGCUGAUCGCCCAGUCUAUCGAAAGCGCCAUUGAGAGAUUCUUCGACCAAUGGCUUACCGAGUGGGGGUUCUCCAUUGGCACAGGCCCCCAACGUCGUCUCCCGCCGUACGUUGAGAUACUCGUCACGCACACACGACUUUCAACCUACGGCGGCGUCAUCAACCACCCAACAGCGCCAAUGGAGGUGCGACAGUUUUUCCGCACUGCCGGACUCUCCUCUGCUGUGACGGUCAUGCGCGCAGUGAUACAAGGAGAGUCGCAACUCCAGUCAAUCCCCAAUAACACUACCAUCAUGGUUUCGUUUGCAGCCUGCUUCGCGCUGACGCUGAGCGCCUACGCCACAGGAAGCUCGAAUCUGGCACCCAGCAUUCGGAAUCUCAUUGAGGAAACGGCGGAUGUCUUGGAACGUAUUGGAUCUGCUACGAAGCACAGGAAUGGGCUGUCGACCCUAUAUGGGAAAUACCUAAGACACAUCGUCAAGAAGGCGGCCACCGCUACGGAUGGGCAGCCUCAAGCGAACAUGCAUCCCGACCAGACCGUCCCUCGCAGCGGCCAACUCGGGACGCCCUCCUCGGCCGUUGCAGCAUCCCCUCCCAUCAACUCGAUGGGACCACCGGUAUCACAGCCACCUUACGUGGAGUCGCAACUGUGGCCCGAGACCCUACAAUUCUCCAGCAUGUCCGACGACCAGAUUGCCGAGGUCCUUAAUCAGCCCGGUAAUGAAUUUGACCCCUCCUUCGCAGGCUUGUCCUGGGAGGAUAUGAAUAACUUUGACUGGCUGAGCUGGCCUAAUCUAACAGAAUUUGGGUUUUGA